AUGUCUUCCGGAAAGGGCCUCGCCAGCUUUCCGGACGUGGAGGCGAAACUUCAAAAACCCACCAAGCAGUCUGCCUUUGAACGACAAAAGGCCGAGGCAGAGGCCAAGCGCAAGCGCGAGGCCGCAGAAACUGCUGCCGUGUACGCCGAUUUUGUCAAGAGCUUCGAUCGUGACGAGGAAGACGACAGGAAUGGUGCGCCUGCGCCGAGCACCUUUGGGGGCGGACCUUCGCGAGGGAGACCCGGCUUUGGAGGACAGCCCCCGGGACACGGCGCCUCAAAGCGACACUUUGUGUCUUCCGGAUUGAAGAGUGGACCGGGGAGCUUGGGGCCGGCGCCGUCGUCGUUUGCGAAGAAGCGGACGUUCAAUGAUUUCAAAGGAGGUCCGAGGGAUCGGUCGGGGUUGUUAGGAUUCGAGGACCCCGAUUCCGGUUCGGCCGCGACCUCGAUGGCCAAGGCGUUUGAUGCGAGUGAGGACGAGGACGUGGGCGACACGAGGGAACGAGAUCGAGCGGAAGAAAAAGCCACGUCAAAGCCUACUCUCAGGCUGACAAACCUGCCGCCGGGGACGUCGCAGGCCGUCGUGAAGGCGCUCAUACCGGACAAUCUCAAUGUCGAGAAUGUCAAGAUCCAGCCCCCUGCGCCGGCUGGCCCCGGUGGCUCGGAGAGGAAGUGCAUGGUUGCUAUUGUCACCCUUUCUCAGGAAACACCCGCCAACGAGAUGGACGCGGCGGUGAGUGCGUUGCAGAAUCGGUAUCUCGGCUACGGACACUACUUGUCUUUGCACCGGCACUUGUCCUCGGCCGUGGCGGCGUCGGCAAAUCUUUCCAGCCUGGGAUCAUCCUCCUCGUCUGGCGCCCAUCCUUUCGGUGCCAAACCCGUCGAACAACCUGGGGGCCGGGACAAGCACGGCCAUCACCAACAAGGCUCUCACCGCGGGUACGCACCGCCCUCGUCGUACGGGCAGGUCGGUGCUGGCGUCAACAGGGCGCAGCUGUUGCAUGUGCCUGUACGGCCGCCGCAGGACGUUAGGACCAUACAACUGAUAAACAAGACGAUUGAGGGAGUUUUGGAACACGGACCAGGGUUCGAGGCGCUCCUAAUGUCACGGCCCGACGUUCAGCGGGAGGAAAGGUGGGCUUGGAUAUGGGACGCCAGAAGUGAAGGCGGUAUCUGGUAUCGCUGGAGGCUUUGGCAGGUCGUCACAGGCUCGGAGUUGAACCAGGCCAAGGGGAAGUACGUCCCGUUGUUUGACGGUGGCCACGCGUGGAAAGCGCCAGAAAAGAGAUUGGUUUUCGAGUACACAACCUCUCUGGACGAGUUUGUCUCGGAUUCGGAGUACAACUCAUCAGAUGACGAAGACAUGGGCCAGGGCAACGGCGACAACAACAAUAGCUUUGAAUCAGAAAAGACGUUUCUGAGCCCGUUGGACAAAGCCAAGCUCACUCAUCUCUUGGCCCGAUUACCGUCCACGCUCAGCAAGUUGCGCAAAGGGGACAUUGCCCGAGUUACAACGUUUGCCAUUACACACGCCAGUCGUGGUGCGGAUGAGGUGGUUGAUAUGAUUGUUGCCAACGUCGAGAGGCCGCUCUCGUUGACGGCCGCCAACCCCGAGAAGAGGCGGGACGCGAAGCCAAGCCAUCCUGGAAUGACUACAGAGGAGGGAUCUACAAAUGAAGGCUCAGACACAAGCGGCGCCAGUCUGGUGGCCUUGUACGUGGUCAGCGAUGUUCUCUCUUCGUCCUCCACGAGCGGUGUCCGCCACGCCUGGCGUUUCCGGCAACUCUUCGAGACGGCGCUGCGUGAGCGCAAACUUUUCGAAGGCCUAGGAAUGCUGGCGGAGAAGCUCGGCUGGGGCCGCCUACGUGCAGAAAAGUGGAAGAGGAGCAUCAAUCUCGUCCUCAACUUAUGGGAGGGAUGGUGCGUGUUCCCAGCGGAGUCGCAGGAACUGUUUGUCCGGACAUUUGAGUCUCCGCCGUCCCUCAAGUCCGAGGACACAACCGACGAGUCAGCGGCUCCUAACAAGUGGAAGACGGUCGACGCACUGCCGGUCGCAAAGGGCGAGAGAAGCGCAGCAAGCGCACCGGACAUGGUGCCUGAUGUCACGGCGCAGGAUGACAUUGACGGAGAGCCUCUGGAUGAGGACGAGGUGAUGGGCGAGGCUGUCGACGACGAGGACGUUGAAGGGGAACCCAUUGACGAAGAUGACGUGGCCGGGGACUCGAUUGAGGACGACGAUCUGGAAGCCCGAACCAUCACGGACCAGAUGGACCAAGAGGGAGAUGAUGGGCAAACCGCGCGCGGACCAUGGCAAACAAAGGGCCAGGCCGACAAGAGGGAAGCCAUGAGUGGUGACGAGGAGUCGGCGGGCCGAACGCAGCAUCGGAAGCGAUUGCGCGCCGUGGACAUGUUUGCCGACUCGGACGGGUCGGACGAGGGAAAAUAG